AUGCAAGGCUCUCCAUGCACCUCAUGCCGUCUGCUAUCUCGCUCCCGUUUCCACCAGCGUCUGAUCGAGCUUCAGAACGGCCGACGCAAAUUCCACAACAGCCGAGCGCAUGAAGAAGCGCAACCACCAUCUCAACCACAGCCGCAAUCGCAGUCUCAACCGCAGUCUCAAUCGCAGCCUCGGGCAGCAGACUCCUGGUACUGGCAGACCCGUCCGCCGACGCGACAGAACCUAGCCGCCGCGGAGCAUUUCUUCAAACACAACAUCCCCACGCGGAUCUGGACGGGCGAAGGCUGGCGGAACCGACAAAAUGAUUCGCAGGACCUCCCCGAAGUCAUCUUCCUCGGGCGGUCGAACGUGGGCAAAUCCUCGGUGAUCAACGCGCUGACCUCGACCGACAUCAACCGCGUCAGCGCCGUACCUGGAGCGACGAAGGCCAUGGCCGCCUGGACACUGGCGGCGCGGACGCCAGACGGCGGAGCGAUAAAAGGAUGGGAUGGCGACGUCAGCCCCAAACUCACCCUGGUCGAUAUGCCGGGGUACGGACACGGGAGUCAGACGGAAUGGGGCAACUCGAUCGUCGAGUAUUUGGCCAAACGGAGGAAUAUUAGGAGAGCGUUUGUGCUCAUCGACGUGCUUCAUGGUGUGAUGGGCCGCGACCUGGACAUCUUCAAUAUCUUGAACUCGUCCGCUAUUCCCUACCAGAUCGUCGCCACGAAAUGUGAUAGAUUUGCCUUUAACAAAGAGGCGCGAGCGGCCUUGAUGCAGAUUAGGGCCCAAGCUCUUCUGGACGUGGACGAUAGUCUGGGCCUGGGCGAGAUCAUUGCGACAGGGUUCCUGAAUGGCAUGACGACCAAAGAGUCGGCGAAAAUUGUCACCAAGAGAUCCGCCUUCGGAGUCCCGAAUCUGCAAUGGGCAGUGUUGCGCGCUGCUGGUCUCGACACGUAUGCAAUGCAAAAAGCAGAAUCUCAUGGCGUGUUGAAGAAAAUGCCGGCCGAGGAUCGAGUGCUGCUUGUACCUGUACCGGAAGAGGACGUUGGGCAGGAAGUCUCUGUAAAUGAGAACGGUGGACAGGAAGAUUCCGUACGGGUCGAAGCCGAACAAAACGCUUCCGAAAGCGAGCCUCCAGAAACCUCAGAGUCAACCUCUUCAUCUCCGGCCCCGGCUCCAGGAACCAGCCUCAGCGUCGAAGACUUCCUGCGCGAAAUUCUCAACUCGAGUUCCCCAGCCUCUUCCACGGGAACUCAACGUGGGCCGGACUCAAAAGGAGCAAGAGCAAAGAUCUUCCCGUCCCUAACCCCAGACGAAGACACGACGUCUUCCUCCAACAAAAGGAGAAGCGGCAGUCGCAGCAGCCCCAGCUCCCUGCUUAGCGACUGGCUAGCUGAAGCCGAAAGCCCUUCAUCAUCUUCGUCAUCAGACAGAAGAGGUAACAAGAACAUUGCAAAUACAUACAACCCUCCCUCGUCAGACUGGGACUCUGCAUCCUCGCGAAUGUGGUCCGAUGAUCUCCCAUCGAGGACGCCCACGAGGCCAAGGACACCAUCAACCUCACCCACACCCACAUAUACCGACGAAAGGGCCGCUCGGACCACCCCUCCAUCAUCCGAGGCCAUGCAUUCAGGUCACGCAGGGUCACGGUCUCAUCCCUAUCAACAGAGUCAACAAAGUCGUAAACCUGUCUCUCGUCAUGGUCAUGGAAGGGAUCCGUCCGCUUUGCCCGGGAAAGGAGUCAUGCGCGGAAUGGACGCCUUGGACGCAAUGGCCGGCCUAGACCCGCGGUCCAAGAAUGCAAACUCAAACUCGAACUCGAAAUCAAAAUCAAGAUCAAACUCGGGCUUUUCGCAAGGUAGCACGAGCAGAAGCAGGGGCAAACCCAACAGCAACGGUAAAGGCCAAGGCCAAAAUUUAAACCACAAUCACAACCAUCAACAUCAAUAUCAACAGCCUGGCUCGGCAGCCGCACCGCCGAGCAAAGGAGUGACUCGCGGCAUGGAUGCUCUGGCUGCGAUGAUGGGAAGUGAGACGUCGAAAGGCGGUAGAGGUCAAACACGACGGCGAAGGUGA